UCCUCCCUCCCUUCUUCUGCGCCGCACAGUACCCGAGGCCCCACCUCUCUCUCUCUCUCUCUCUCUCUGAGCCAUCUUCCCUCUCCCCUGUAGCCGCGCCACACACCACUGACAUCGGCGAUGUCUCAGGCAGCCAACCGUAAGGCUUCGUCCCUGUCUCUCUGUCAUGCCCCUACCGUAGCUCUCUUUCACUCUCCCUCUGUCUCGCAUCCUCUCUUCCCUCAGUAUAGACGUCGCCGCCAUCAGCCACCGCAAGUCGUACCCCAACACCCUUUCUAUCUCACGGUACCCCACUUUCCUCCCCUGUUCGCACAGUGACCACGUGGAGCCUCAAACGAUUCCUCCUCUUCUCAUUGCCCGUUUAUCUCUCUUCUUUGUGUUUUGCCGCUAGCCGCCGUGCCUGGCUCCACACCAUUCUUCAUGGUUCUUAUUGAGCGAUUCUCCACAAUUCUGACUGUAGGUGCCAUGAAACUCAGCUGCAUCGCCGUGCACUGACGCCUCAGUCUUUCGUCUCUGUGUUCCUCUCUUUCAGUCCCCUCUCCCUUAAAAUCUCUUAAUCUCUGUCUCUGUUGCUUCUGCCCGUGGGUUUAAGAAUUUUACCUAGAUCUCCGCCGUGCACCGCCGCGGUUGGCAGCUCCCUCGUCGUCGUCCGACCAUCCCUCACAUUCUCCUCUUUGUUCGGCCCCUUCUCCUCCCAGAUUCACCCAACCCGAGUGUAGAUCCCCUUUUUGGGGUUCCGCUCCGCCGACAACCGCCACUCCCGCCGUGAAACCUCCCUCCUCCAUCCUUUAUCGCGACUGUUCUGCCACCCAUUAGAAUUUUCCCAGUCGUAGGCCCUUUAUUUCACCCAGAUCCGUCCUUGCCACUAUGCGCUGCCACUGCUGCCGCCGUGCUCCGCCCCUCCAGCGGCCACCACACAACGCAUGCACUCGCUCGCGGGAUGCUUUAGUCUGCGCUUUUGAUCCUCCAGAAAUUUGCCCUUUCGCCUUGUUCAAACCAUGGCAAAAAAUGGAUUUGGGAAGGCCAUCUCUUCAAUGGUUAGCAUUUUUGCAUCUUGAAUGGAUAUGGGAUCUAUAUAUUUAUUUUCUUCCCUCUCACGAAUGUUUGAUCUGGGUUUGGAUCGAUCUGCACUCUUGGCCCUCCGGUCGGCAGUUGGUGGCAGGACCCUUCUCUGGAACGUCACCGAGUUGGACCCGUGAACCUUCGCAACCUUUACUUUGCAAGGUUUGCACAGGAGCAACACAAGUUAAGGUGGCGUCCAUGGCCUGGUUUCUUAUGUAAAGAAAUCAUUUUAAUUUCAGUAUUAUUGCUGCCAUGGCUCCUUUUUGGCUGGAAAUCAUCUUCGAUACGGCCUUUUCCUCUGCUGCGAUGAUAUCAAUUCCCAAACCGCAAGUUAAAACAUGCAGUCAGUUUCAGCAGGUUCGACCUGCAAGCUGCUUUAAACCACUUUUCGGACGGGUUGGGUAAGAUCUCAUGGAUGGACCGGGUUAUAGAAUUUUCUGCAUAGGCCUAGGUAAAAUUUUGUUAAGGAAGUUGAGUGAGUGGCAAGACGCCUUGUGUAAUAUUGGCUGCACCGGAUUACAUGCUACGAUUAGAGGAUUAAAUAGUUGACUGCAUUUUGAGUAGGUUGAAUUUGAAGGCUAAUUUUGGGAAGGGAAGAGCCAAAGCGGAUGGGAGUUGUGGUUGUCUAGAUGCCGGUAUAUGCAUUACUUGAAAACUGAUUGUGGAUAUUAAAAACUCGUAUUGUUAUCAUCGUCACUUCAUGAGAUUUUUUGUCCUUAAUUUUACAUUAGUGGCCAAUUGGUGGGUAUAUAGUGUCGUCUGUAUGGUUUUAUUGGCAGGCUUAAGGCUAUUAAUAUUUGAGUGUCAUUUUCAGGUCAUUUACUUGAUGGAGCUUGAGAAGAUAUUCAGAGGUGACAUUCUUAUGGAUCGGAGUUUAAGGAGGUUGUCCUCGAUGGAGAAUACUAUGUUUUUAUUUGGUUUUUGUGAUACUUCAACUUUCCCUCAUUUAACUUAUUUUGUUUUGAAAAUUGUUUUAAAUUUAACUAUGGAUGCCUGCUAUAUUUGAACGUUUAAGUGGUUCUUUUUAUUAUUAUUAUUAAUUUUGCGA